UCUGGAGUCACUAAGUCAGUAUAAAGCGUCCCGCUGUGUGUAAUUUAAUUUCAGUGAGCUGUAAUCCAUCUGUUCUGAGAAGGAUUUAGAGAUUUGUCAGAGAACAUUAGUGACCAAUCAGCAUCAUGAGGACCAAGGAACAUACCAAACAGGUAAAGAUAAACAUGUUGUAAAGAGUUGCUAGGUUGCAGAAUAACAUCAUAAACCCCAGACAGGGGAACUGAAACAGUAACUUUGGAGGAGCUGCAGAGAUCAACAGCUGAAGACAGAUAAUUUUUGAAAAGACAGCUUUCAUCAUGCAAUCUUUCCUUCCUGGAGAUGUAAAGAAGUAUAAAAAUAUGUAAUUUUCAAGCAGACACAGCAAAUGUGUGGAGGAAAAUUAACACAUCACAUCGACCUGAAUGACAUUCAAUAUGAAGCAUUAGUUAAGCAUACUAGUUGAUUUAAAAUAGGGACAAUAUGCAAAAAAUAUUAAUAAAAGAUGGAAAAUUAGUUUCUAUCUCGUUCCGGACUAUGUGAGUUAAUAAAAACGUUUUAAGCAAUCAUAAAAGUUCAUUGAAAGCUCCCAUAUACCGUAUAUACAAUGAGUGUAAUGUCAUAAAAUUACAGCAAUGUAAACAGUACUUUGCCCAACUUCUGCUCUGGAAGAUUUCUAAUAACACUUUCCUAACAUUACAACAAAGGUCCUUCGGGUCAGGGGAAAGUUUAAGACUUCCUGGGACUUUGUUCUAUUUUCUAAUGCCUUUGAGUGAGAAAACUGUCUGCAAAUGUGGAGCUACCGUUGGGUUUUCUGUAGUCAUUACUGUUGGUGGAGCUGGAGCUCCUGGUUGUGAUCUCAGAGAAGAACUGGAAAACAUUUUUCAAUGCUGAAGCAGCGGUAUUACUCAUCAUUUUAAAAUAAGCUGCACUUUAGAAGAAGGCAUCUCCAUUAAACACAGAAAGCAUAUUCACAAAACUUACUAGAGGCUGUGGUGGAAGUUCACUUUCUAGCAUUUUGACCCUGACCAAGUAUGUGGAAAUAUUACAGGGUAUCUAUACUAGAUUCUCACCAAUUUAGUCAUUUGUUGCCACAGUUUCCUUUUCUGUGUUGUUAAAUCUUGCUACCCUUUUGUUGGUUGUUAGUUACAACCGUUUAUGACAGCAGAGACGUUGGACUCCACCUCCAGCUGUCAUUCAGGAUGCACAUAGUGUUUAACGAGAGGCGGAUGAUGUGAUCCUGAUUUCAUCCUGUAACUCUGCAAAGAGUUAAAGACUAGCGAAGACUUCUCACUGAGGAUCGCUUAUCUAGAUUUCAGGCUUUGCACUGCAAGCUGGCUGAUGACACAGCGCGUAUCUGCCUGAGGAUCUUGCCUCUGGGUUUUAGUCAUCAGGGAUGUAGCUUUAGUUCAGGAUGCAGUUACCUGUCUGAGUUUGCAGGGAAGCUCGGUAGUCGUGACAAGUUGAAAUCCGACGUUCUAAAGUCAGUGACAGUGAAGUGCUUUGAAGCUGCAGGAUUUUAGUUUUCAGUGAGGUGAACAGAAACGAUGGCGGAAAACCUUCGCAGUCGCCAACAUCAUCCAAUGGUGACAAAGACACACUGGAGGAAACUGAGCAUUACCACAGAUUUAUUUGAAAUGAUUGAAAAGAUGCAGGGCAGCAGGAUGGAUGAGCAGAGAUGCGCCUUUCCUCCACCUCUGAAGACUGAAGAGGAUUACAUUCCAUAUCCAAGUGUUCAUGAGGUGUUGGGAAGAAAAAGCCCCUUUCCUCUCAUCCUGCUGCCACAGUUUGGUGGUUACUGGAUUGAGGGAACCAACCAUGAGCUGAGUGAAGCUGGGAACCCGGAGCAGCACCGACCGCCUUCACCCAGCAGCCGUACUAAACUGGAAUGUAACACAACGGCCACACUGUACAGGAAACACUUCCUGGGCAAGGAGCAUUUUAAUUACUAUUCACUGGACAGUUCCCUCGGACAUCUGGUGUUCUCCAUAAAAUAUGAUGAGAUUGGUGACCAGGAACAUCUCCGCCUCAUGCUCAGAACCAAGCUGAAAACCUACCAAGAUGUGAUCCCCAUUUCCUGCCUAACAGAGUUUCCCAACGUGGUUCAAAUGGCCAAGCUCGUCUGUGAGGAAGUCAAUGUGGACCGCUUUUACCCUGUCCUCUAUCCAAAAGCUUCAAGGCUCGUCGUCACAUUUGACGAACAUGUGAUCAGCAACAACUUCAAAUUUGGGGUCAUCUACCAAAGGUUCGGACAGACGUCAGAAGAGGAGCUUUUUGGCAACAGCGAAGAAAGUCCUGCCUUUGUAGAGUUCCUGGAGUUUCUGGGAGAAAAGAUUGAGCUACAUAAUUUUAAAGGUUUCCGCGGAGGGUUAGAUGUGACUCAUGGGCAGACUGGCAACGAAUCCGUCUACUGCAACUACCGCAACAAAGAGGUCAUGUUCCAUGUGUCCACAAAGCUGCCUUACACAGAGGGGGACACGCAGCAGUUGCAGAGAAAAAGGCACAUAGGCAACGACAUCGUGGCCAUCGUAUUCCAAGAGGAGAAUACUCCCUUUGUGCCGGAUAUGAUCGCCUCCAACUUCCUUCACGCUUACGUGGUGGUCCAGGUGGUCAACCCCUGCUCUGACAACGUUGUCUACAAGGUUUCAGUCACGGCUCGGGAUGAUGUUCCUUUCUUUGGUCCAGCUCUCCCAAACCCAGCCACGUUUAAAAAAGGCCCUGAAUUUCACGAGUUUCUGUUUACAAAGCUAAUCAAUGCAGAAUAUGCGUGCUACAAAGCUGAAAAGUUUGCAAAGCUGGAGGAGCGAACCCGAUCAGCUUUGCUUGAAACCCUUUAUGAGGAACUCCAUGUGAACAGCCAGGCCAUAAUGGGAGUUGGAGGAGAGGACGACAAGCUGGAAAAUGGGAAUGCAGGAGGAGGGGGAUUCUUUGAAUCCUUUAAGCGGGUGAUUCGCAGUAGGAGCCAGUCAAUGGAUGCCAUGAGUCUAACUUUAAAGAAGCCAUAUGCAGUCUCCAAUAACCUGAGCAGCCACAGUCCUGCAGAGAGCCCUAAAUUCCCUGGGAUAUCAUUGCUUGUCCCAGGCAAAAGUCCCAGUAAAUAUGGACGCCGUGGCAGUGCCAUAGGGAUAGGAACAGUAGAAGAGUCUCUGAUUAUCCCAGGAAAAAGUCCAACAAGGAAGAAGUCGGGUCCUUUCAGCUCCAGGCGAAGCAGCGCCAUUGGGAUUGAAAACAUCCAAGAAGUCCAGGAGAGAAGCAGUAGAGACACAUCUCCAAACACUCAGAAGACUCCUGACAGUGGCCACGUUUCUCAAGACCCGAAAUCCGACAACUCAGACCAGAGCUCUCCUGAGGUCCUCACAACCACCAAGAACAGCUCUUAUCUCUGUGGCAGGACCCCUUCCAUCCCUGAGGGCAACAACCUCUCUCGUUCCUCGUCCAACGCCAGCAGCUUUACCAGUGUGGUUGAGGAGAACGAAGCCGAGGUAGUAGAGGACUAUGACACAGGAAUGGAGAGUCUGUCAUCAGCCGGGACGCCUCACAAGCGCGACUCCCUCACCUACAGCACCUGGUUGGAGGACAGCAUCAGCUGCACUGGCAGCAACAGCCGGGGCAGCUCUCCAGGGCCCGGUAAAUCUGAUCGAGGGAAAGCCGCCGACAUUCGGAUCAAACUAGAACGAUCACAUGACCAUCAGUCAUCAAACUGUUAGCCCUGCCCACUUGAUUAUAUCCUGAAUCUCCAUCUUCAGAACCAUAUGUCUCACUCCUUCUGAGGACCGUGCUUUUGACAUGACGGUUGAAGAGAAGGAGAACGAUGAUGAAGAUGAGAGAGGACUAUCAGACGGAGCCUGCAGUUGGCUGCUCAGGGAGGACAUGUAUCCAGAAACCCAGAGGACACUAGGAAGGGUUACGCACAAAAAGGGGCCAGAUUUUUACAUCCUUUGUUUCCUUCCACUCAUUUCUUUGCCUGUUUCCACAUCGGUUGCCCGGUUGUACUUUUUUUAUUUUUUAUUUUCCUGGCCUUUGUUGUAGAAGUGCACAUUUGAUCUGCAAAUGUAAAUGUUUUGUCUGUGAAAAUGUCACUUUUGUUUAGUUGUCUUGUUGAAGUCAUGGCGUUCUGGCUGUAAAAAGUACAGACUGUGCUCUUAGCUGUCAUUGUGAGGAAACCUGCAGCCUAAGGAUAAAGACAAUUUAAAGGGCAUGUAUCAUCAUAUUUAACAUUUCACCUUUUAAAAGUAGGCUUUUUGUUUCACACUGGCAAAAGAUUCAUUUCCAUUUCUUAAGUCGAGUAAUAUGUAAAGAUAUGUGAAAAAAGGGAAAUGAUAAGCAAGAAUGCAAGUUGCAAAAGAGUGAUGACAUUACAUGUUGGACCCUGCACACAACGGACACAAUAACAAGUUUUUCUAGACGAUAAAUUGUCCCAGAUAUUGCGAUAAAUGAUUAUAUUGUUGUUUUAUAGAUAAUGAAGAAAAUAAUGAUGAUUACACAAGUUCUCAAGUUCUCAGAAGUCAAUAAGCUUUGAUUUUGAUCAGAACAUUUCACACUGAAACAAGAUUCUAAAUAUCCAAAAUAAAACGCAACCAAAAACAAUAAACAAAACAUAAAUAAAAACCACACACAACCAAAACUAUAAAUAAGUAUAUUAUCAUCUGAAUGGCAAUUAUUUAGCUUUUCUAGUGCUUUUCUAGUGUUAAAGUAUGAUGACAUUUGCCCUUUAAGGUUUUUCACUUAAUAACAAUCUCUAAUAUAAAUUCAGAAGGAUUUAGCACAUAACGUACAUCAGAAAAGUUUACUUGUGUAAAAUCCAAAGAGAAGAACGUGAUUGCUGCACUAAGACACUUUCUAUCUACUUUCUCCAAAUUAAGCACAUUUAGCAAACGAUAAAAGUUUACUGGAAAGAAGAAUCUCGACUGAUACUCUUAAAGUUUUCAUGGCCUUUAAGUUUAUGUUAUCUCAAUAUUUUCACCCACAUUCUCGUCUAUCAAUUGUAUUAGAUUAAAUAAUCAAACUUGAUUCGAGGAACUGAAGAAUUGGUUGCAUUGCCUGUAGUAGUAAGUCACUGCCCGUAUGGUCAGCCGAUGUACCAAUAUAGUCAUAGUCAUGUUAUUUUCUUACUUCCGUCUUUCUCUAACCAUGUUUUUAUUUUUGCCUUGGUUUGUGGUGAAGUGUGAGUUACACGGUACCUCUCUGGUGAUAACACUCAGCGUCUUGUCAUUCAGCUUGUAUAUGUUGCUUUGGUGUAAUUGUAGUCUUUACCUGUGAUGCCUGGCUUGUUUCAGGGCUCUAACCUUGUUCAGUGCAGUAAGUUUGCAAUGCAAAUAUGAUCAAACCAUGUAUAUUUAUUUGCUUUAAAAGUGACUAAAUCCAAACUAAGCUACUGGUUUUGUGUACAUAUAUAUAAAUUUAACAGGAGUACAUAUAUUUAUAGCUGGUGGAUUUUAAAUUGGGAGGAGCAACACUAUCAGUUUACUGCCAAGUUAAAUAUUUACUGUUGUUUUAUGUCAUGUAUUCUUGAUUUCAGAUUUUAUUUUGACAGUUUUGUAGAUUUUUAAAGGUUUUCAGACUGUAAAAGGGAAAAUGUCUCUGUACAUCCCAUUGACCAUUUCAGUUGCCUUAUAUCACACAAUGACAGUGUAAGUAAAGCCAGUGUGGGCAAUAGUUAAGUCAUCAGGAUUUCCAAUGAAAUGAAUGUUUUGUUUUUGCUUGUUUUUAUUGUAAAUAAAUACCCCAAGAAGUUUAAA